GUCGCAGUCGCUGUCGCUAUCGUCGUUACCGUCGCCGUCGCCAUUGUCGUCGCCGUUACCACAAAGGCCAAAGCAGCGAAAGUGCAUGCAAAACGUAGUGAAAGUUGUGCAACACGUUUAAACGUGUCUGCCAAACAGUGUGACCAACUGAGCUUCUGUGUGUGUGAGCGUGUGUGUGUGUCCCGUGUGCUGUCACAUUUAAAUAAAUAACGUACGAAAAAUAGAAAAAAAGAAAACAGCUGUUUCACGUCCUGCAAAUGCAAUGCAGCUCAAUGGACAUUCUCGGUAUGUGCCACUAAAUUCCUUCUGGUAAAUCAUGUGGCAAUCGACCGAACUAUAACAACAAUAACAGUAGCGAACGGUAGAGCAAUAAUUUAAUUCAUCAAAUGCCUCUCUAAUCAAGCGCUCGUGUUAAACAAUAAGGGCAAAUAAUUAAGGCAAACAAUCUGCAACAAGGAUCUGUAUGGCCAGGAUGGCCAAGUGUGUUAAGCUGCUGCUGCUGCUGCAGCUACUGGCGCUGCUGCAGACAAUGAUAAAUGCAACAACAAUGAAGGCGACUUUAAUUGCAGCUGCUGUUAGUGCCACUGCAACGGCUACUGCAACUGCAACUGCAACUGCUACAGUCACAGCUGCCGCAACUGAGCCCGAAGCGAUUGCCCAGCAACCAGAACAACGCAUUAAGUCAAUAUCUGAUGGCCUCAUAGACAACGACUUGUUGCCCUCUAUUGCGGCUGUGGAUGAUGUAUAUAUCGCCUCCCUGGUCAAUGGCCAUGGCCACAGCCACAACAUGAAUGGAAAUGGGAAUGGGAAUGGCAACCACCACUUGCACCACAACAAUGUGGCGCAGUUUGACAAUGGCUUGGACGAGCUGGUGGACGAGCAAGUGGAUGAGACAACUUAUCCGCCGCCGGUCUUUGAUUUCGGCAUGCCACGGAAUAUUACCGCUAGGACGGGACACACAGCGGCCAUCAAUUGCCGUGUGGAGAAUCUGCGCGAUAAAUCGGUAUCUUGGAUAAGGAAACGCGAUUUGCACAUUCUGACUGCAGGCAUUCUGACCUACACUUCUGAUGAGCGCUUCAAGGUCGUACGCACCGCCGACUCGAAGGAUUGGACAUUGCAUGUGAAAUAUGCGCAGCCACGUGACAGCGGCAUCUACGAGUGCCAGGUGAAUACGGAGCCAAAGAUUUCGAUGGCAUUUCGCUUGAAUGUUAUAGUGACGCCGCCAGAUGCCAAAGCGAUUAUAGCCGGACCAACGGAUUUGUACGUUAAAGUGGGCAGCGUCAUAACGCUCACAUGCCACGUGAAGCAGCCGGCAACGGCGGCCCAGGAUAUUGGACCAAUUUACUGGUAUCGCGGUCCGUACAUUCUGACACCUUUUGUGGCGCAUCCGAAUGAUGCUGCCAUCGAUUUGCAGCGCAUCUCGAUGGAAUCAACGCUUGCCGAGAAGCUGCAAAGCAGAUUGCGAAUUGCCAAUGCCCAGUUGCUGGACACGGGCAACUACACGUGCAUGCCGACGACAGCCGAGGCGGCCAGCGUUGUGGUCAAUGUCAUUAACGACGAAAGCCCAGCGGCUAUGCAGAAAAGUGGCGGCAAUGGCAGCUGCCUUCGAAGCAGCCUCAACUUCAACCUGGCUCUGGCAUUGGCAGUCAGCGCGGUGGUGCGAUGGCUUCGCUGGCUACUCGGUACUAAUUCCUCUCCACUCUCUUCAUCCUUAGUGCAUAUCAAUUAUGAAUCCAGGCGGCAUACACAGCAACAGCAACAGCAACGGCGGCACGAGCAGCCACAGCAUCAGCUGCAGCAGUCUAUGACAUCAUGAUAAUUAAGUUAAGCGAUUAUCCACACAGCAAACUGUAAAUAAUUUAAUUGUUAGUUACAAAAAAAAAAUAAUAAAAAAUAUAAUUACAACGGAAAGAUGUCAUGCAAUAAAUGAUAUACAAGAAUUAGUGUUAAUUUUAUGCAUAGCGUAAAAGUACAUAACAAUAACUAAACACAGCAGAAAAUCGACGAUAGUCAAUAAGAGAGAUAAAAACGAACAUCAAAUAAAAAUAAUGAAAAAAACUAAUUAUAAUUGUAAUGGCAAAGUGUUAAAUUACUUGUGCGCUUUCAAUUUAAUUUAACACUUUCCCUAGCACCAAAAAGACGAAAAACGCGAUCACAAAAUAUAUAAAAAAAAAACUAUAACA